UAGUUUAAUUGGUUGGUUAGGUUAGUUAGUUAGUUUUAUUAGUUACUUUCUGUUUUUCUGUUAUCAGUCCUUUUCAUCUAUAAAAAGGGUGCUUCUUUGUAUCAAUAUGAUUCACUUUGAACUAUUCUUCACAAAAUUUCUUUAAGAGUUGAUAUCUUUCUAUAAUUCUCCAUGACGGUUUCUGGUGACAAGGCUCCACCUGAGGAGGAUUUGGAACUGUUGGGAGAAGAGAGUGCAAGAAGAGUAGAAGAAGCUGUUCGAAGAAAUGUGGAGGAGAGGCUUAAGUCUGAGGAAGUCAAGCUGGAAAUAGAAAGACGCAUAGCAGAGGGAAUGAAGAAGAAGUUUGAGGAUGUUGAAAUUCAACUUCAAAAAGAAAAGCAAGAAAUGCUUGCUGAACUUAGAAGAAAACACAGAGAAGAGAUGGAAAAGAUGCAGGAAGAGAAUAGGAGAGUGGAAGAGUCUCACGGAGGAGAAUCUCUUGAGCUACCGCGGAAGAAUGAGGAACAGCAAAGGGAAUUAGAGAUGAUUCAGAGACAGAAAGAAGAGUCUGCUGAGAGAAAGAAACUCGAGGAGGAAUGACCGCUUAUCAGAUCAAUUCUAUGAGCAAGAACAAAUCUAGGGCUAACUCAUAGGGUUUGUAAUUACUAUUAGGCAAUGUCAUUCUAUACACGCAAACUUAUCUGUACGAUCGAUCUUGAAUAAAAAUUUGAUACUCCUACA